UAGUGCUCCACUACACUCUUGCAAUAGCAGAGCAGGGUAUAUAAAAUCUGGCGAAUCGAGAGGAGGAGGCGAUCAAUUCGAUUAAAUUCACUAAAAUUCAAUUCGAAUUCAGAUCGAAUCGAGGGAUCCCCCAUCCCCAUGGCGUCGCCGACGUCCUCCGCCUCCGCGCCGGCGAGCCACCACCUGCGCCUCUGGUGGCGCCGCCGCGGCCGCGGCGGCGCCGUCGGGGCCACCUUCACCGUCGCGCUCCUCGCCGCCGCGCUGCUCCUCGCCCUCUCCUUGUACGCCUCCUCCCUGCCCCGCGCGCCUACCACGCCCUCCUCCUCCUCUAACCUCGUCGGCCUCACCCUCGUCCGCCGCGCCAAGGAGAAGGGCGCGGUGUGCUUGGAUGGGAGCGCGCCGGGGUACCAUCUGCAGAGAGGCUCCGGCACUGGAUCUCAAAACUGGCUCCUUCACUUGGAGGGCGGAGGCUGGUGCCGGAAUCUGAGGUCAUGUGCUUCACGUCAAAAAUCGGUGUUGGGUUCAUCGCAAUACAUGGAAUGCCAGAUUGAGUUUGCUGGGAUCUUGAGUAAUGACAAAUUUCAAAACCCAGAUUUUUACAAUUGGAAUAAAGUUAAGAUAAGGUAUUGUGAUGGGGCAUCAUUUUCUGGAAACGUCAAGAACGAAUUGCAGAAUGGCACAAAAUUCUUUUUCCGGGGCCAGCGUAUCUGGGAGGCAGUAAUGAGCGAACUUCUACUAAAGGGACUCAGGCAUGCCAAACAGGCUUUUCUAACAGGAUGCUCUGCUGGUGGGCUAGCCACUUUCAUUCACUGCGAUAAUUUCCGUACACUGCUACCAAAGGAUUCUAGGGUUAAGUGUCUUGCGGAUGGUGGAUUUUUCCUCGAUGUAGAGGACAUUUCUGGGCAAAGGACCAUGCGAGCAUUCUACAACGAUGUUGUCCGUCUUCAGGAUCUGCGUGGAAGGUUUCCCCAUUGUGGUCCAAACAUGGAUCUGGGCCAGUGCUUCUUCCCAAGUGAAGUUGUAAAGGACAUCAUCACCCCAGUAUUUGUUCUUAAUCCAGCGUAUGAUGCUUGGCAGGUGCAACAUGUGUUGAGUCCAGUAGCAUCUGACCCUCAACAUUCAUGGCUAGAAUGCAGACUGGAUAUUAGCAAGUGUGAUUCGAACCAACUUGAAAUUCUCCAAGGUUUUAGGAAAAAGUUACAUGAUACUAUAAGUGAACUUAAGCACAAAAAGGACUGGGGCUUUUUUAUCGACUCAUGCUUUAUACACUGUCAGUCGUUGAACUCCUUGACUUGGCAUUCUCCAUCUUCUCUUAGAGUCAACAACAAGACCAUUGCAGAGGCGGUUGGAGAUUGGUUCUUUGACAGAAGAGAGGUGAAGGAAAUUGAUUGUGAAUAUCCCUGCAACCCGACUUGCCACAACUUGGUUUUUGCCAAGCCUUUCAAGGCAUGAUGAAGUUCUAAACACGUUUCUCUUUUUGCCAUGAUAUUGUAAAACAGGAAAUUUUAUAUCAAUCAUCGGUCAUCAUGUAAUCUUCAGACUCGUCGGGUGUUUGACACCCAAAAUCAUACAUCUGAGAUAGUUAGACUGGCCGAAUUUUUUUUCCACGCAAUUUAUGUAGGAUUAUAAGUAGUUUAUUCAAAAGUAGAAUUGUAUGUGCUGUACUUCACAACUUGUUUUCUAUAAAAUAAACAAAAAGUGUAUUUCUUGUACUGUUGUAGUAUUGCCUAUACAUACAUGUCUGGUCAAUCUACCCUAUCAUAAUUUGGACCCUGUACCUGCCAUCAAUCAGCUUAGAUAUUUUAAUUUUCCAUACGAUUAACGUAAUGAUUUCUAGCUCUUGAAAGCAAACAUGUCGUUUUCUUCUGACCUUUUGACCUUGUUCUAAUAAUAUGCGUGGCAUAUUGAUUAAUUGAGGAGAUGAUGCAAUUUAACUGACAAUUCCAUCUCACGAAAAGGCCAGCCAUGGGCUGUCAUUUGAGAUAGAUGGGCAUCUAACCUGUCAUUAUCCGUUAAGCAGUGGGAUUACUGAUCGUUUCCAUUACAGGGACGCGCACGAGGCAGCCUGAGAAAAGAGAAGGAAGCUAAUGAAAACGAAAGCGGCCAAGACCAAGAAAACGAGUCGACGGUGAUGCCGCGUUAGGUCGCUCAUCAACAGUUGUCUCUCUUUCCCUCCAUUUCUGGUCCAGCCAUAAACACCAUUAAUACCGUUUUUUUAUCCUCUUUCCAAAGGAAAAUUUGCUCAAUACUUGACUGAAGUUAACAUGACAUUGUUCAUCACUCGUUUUCAGAAAAGAAAACAAAAAAAAAAGAGAGGGGACAUUAUUCAUCACUGUAGUGGUAGUGUGCCUAUAGGCACGUCACUGCUCUCCAGGAACAAAACGACACAACCAUUGUCUCCUAAUUCAGCGUCUAUUGGGACCCAAUGGGAGCACAAGUAAAAACAGCCAUUGGGGCUGAGUGAUGAGCCAUCAGAGAGUAAUUAAUCGCACUUUGAAAUUAUUAGUUAGUUUCUGUCACAUGAUGAGGUGUGGCACCAAGAUAUUUUUUGCUUGAGUGAUCAUAUGGACUAUAGAAUGGCCAAAGCUUCACAAAUAUCUGUCCGUGUUAUCGUCAGUUCGUCACAAGAAGCAAAAGAACUACUAGGUCGAUCACCAAGCCUGACGUGGAAUUGCAGCCAUGACUUGGAAGGUUUCCAAAUUCCAAGUUGUGUGCUGUGUCCUGGUCAAAACAAACUACAGUAGCACUUGGCUUGUGUCUCAUAUAGUCAUCUCCUAGUCCUUAAACUCUGCAUAACAACAAAGCUUUUGCCACAAAAAUUCUUGUUAUCUCCAUGAAUUUCUUUCAAUCUAAACCCAAUCCACACGGCAGACUUCAGUGUUAAUCAGAGUUGGUCCUCAGUCUCACCUAAACCUAUGAUGCUAAGUCCAUCUUUCCAAGUGAAAUGUAGUGGUAUGAUUUGUCGAUAGAAAAAUUAUGCUACUCCUGGAUCUCACAAUAUCACUGCAGGUAGGAGCACAAGAGAAGGUACAGAUCGCAAGGACAACCAUACAGCUACAGGCAACAACAGUCUUCAUUUUAUCAGCCUGAAGAAAAGAAACAAUCUGAUGCUGAUGCCAUCACGAACGAACGAAGGAAGCCAAUUACUAGCAGUAACAAUCCGGCUGUAACAGCCGGACGACGAUGGACAGUGGCACUGACAGAGACAGUGACACGCCACCACAGUUCAAAGAACCGGUACACACUGGAGUACGGUACAUACAAUGUCAUCACAUAGGCAGAGACCGCAGCUGCUGAAUUCAUGGCGAUCCAAUGGACCACCCUGCUGAUGGCUGCAGCAUCACCAGGACAUGAACUCGCACCAUUAUAACACGAGACAAGGGCCAAAAAUGGGGGCAUGAUUCAUCACACAGAGGAGGAGGGGUCAGGCCGGCGCAGAGCUCACAUGCCAUGGCAGGCUAACUUUAGAGGUGACGAACAUGAACCCCGUUUCACAUCUCUGCUGCAUGCAUCCCUUAACCACACCAACACUCACUGUGUGAUUGAUGAUGAAUUGCUCUCACUCACUCACUCACUCUCUCUCUGGUCUUUCAGAGCUCCUAUGCAUAUGCUAAGCUUAACCCGGCAAGCCGAAAAAUAGGGUGGGCACACAGACAAUGGGGAGUGGAGGGUUCUA